UCUAAUGACUCACGUUAUAUAGAAGAUAUAUCACCAAUCAGCCCAAAACCCAUUUGUUCAUUGUAGAUCAUCACAGAACCAUCAUGACCCCCCAGUUCCAGCAGUAAACCCCCAACUUUCUGAUCAUGGAUGAUAAUCCACCUCCUCUUAUUUCUCUAUGUUUCUAUUUGGUGCAGUGCGGUUCAUGUGUUGUUUCUCAAUCACACAUUUUUUGGGAAAAUACUGUAUAUCCCCAUUUAUAUCUUUAACUUGAACACAAUCAUAAUAAACAACUUGUCUUAUUUUGUGCAACAAAUAAUAGAAACUUUUGUGCAAAUUGGCAAUACUAUCAAUCAAUCCUAGGACUAAAUAUUUCGAUAUUUUGGUACAUCCCUAUUGACAAAUACUGAAAAGUUGACUCCAUAACGUGUGUGCACAGAGAUCUGCAUGGAUGUGUUACCAGAUGAUGCAAGACGAUGUCAGCUGCAGGCUUUCUUUUGGACAUCUGCAGACUGUUUAGCAUGGAGGAGGCGGAGGCUGCUGCUCCAUUGGCGGAGGGGACAAACGGACUGACCCCGGGGGACUGCCGCCACACCCGUCUGUGUGUGUUUGUGCAUUUGAGUGUCGUCCAACCGCCGCUGCCGCUGCGUUGUGUUUGUUUUUCCCUCUUCUGCAGAUUACAGAGACCUGGGAGCAUGACCGAUCAGACGACUCCUCGGGCGCUGGUCCAAACAUCGACGGAGAUCGUUCGUACUUUUCCAGACCUCGUCACCAAGAUCGGGGAGAAGGACAUUUAUGCUCAAACUGAGGAUUUUGCUGCUUUAAUUGGAGGGAUCAUCAGCGGCAUCCUGCUGACCUUCAUCUGCACAAUCGCGGUGCUGCUAUGGUGUCUGUCCAGACAGAAAGGCUCCUACGCCACCAACGAGACCGACGAAGACGAGGACGAAGACGACAACCGCUCUGUGGAUUCGGACUCCGAGCUCCAGUCCAAGAAACCCCUGAAAGACGAGGAAGAGGACUGAAGAGAUCGGGAUAGUGGUUAAACUUUUCACUAAUGAAGCAUCAAGAAUUUGGUUUGACAGAAAUCCCACUUUAGCAAAUGAUCCUAACAUCCUGAAAAGUGUAAAAAGUUUGGCUUUUUUGUUCAUUUAUUUGACUUGUUUAAUCUAAAAAAUAUGAGCCUAAAAAACAGCACUUCCUUUUAAGGAUGAAUUCAUCCAUUUAGUUUAUUUAAUGAACUUUAACAUUUGACUGAUGGACAGAAAACAUUGUUUUCACUACGAAAACGUCUAAAAAAUAAAUAUAUCUUAAUAAAAGUCCAAUAAAAAUCCAAAACCUUUCAAUAAAUACCAUCAAAAUGGUUCCUAGUUGUUUAUAGUGGCGCUCUUUUCUAAAUAAAUGUUACAUGUUUGUUUUUUGUAGUAAUUUAAAAUGUAUAUUUUCA